AGAGAGAGAGAGAGAGAGAGAGAGAGGGAGAGGAUGGCUUUCUUAUCAUGAUUUCGCAGACUGCUCUUUGGAGUGGGAGGCACUUCUCUCUGUUCACGAUGCGGAUUUUAAUUGAAACUUCAGGACCCACGGACUCGCCCCGUGCGUAAUGAUGGAAAUAUGAAUGACAAAUUACAGCGAUACUUGAGAGUAUCACACACGUUUUUGUGAGGACCUUUUCAAACAUGGUAACAUCGAGCAGUGUGAUGGAGAGAUCCAACUAAAACUUUUUAGAGGACCGAGUGCUCUUCGUUGCGGUAUAUGCAGGCGGAGUUUUUUCUUUGAGGUGUUAUUUUAUGUAUUUUUGCGUAUAUCAUUUUUAUUUAGCAUUCCAGCCAUGGCACAGCACUUUCUGUGCUGUCUUGUGGCGUUGGCUCUGCCAGGACACAUACAGGGAGCAGGACCUUAUGCAGGACACAGUCAACAUGUGGACCAAAGUCUGGCAUUAUCUGCCGCUCAGGACGGAGCGAGACCAGUGAGCAGACACAGGAACUGGUGUGCCUAUGUAGUAGUGAAGACUGUUAGCUGUGUCAUGGAGGAUGGAGUGGAAACCUACGUGAAGCCAGAUUUCCAGCGCUGUUCCUGGGGCCAGUGCUCACGGGUCGUGGCGUAUAGAACAUACAGAAGACCCAGGUACAAGAUUGCUUACAAAAUGGUGACAGAGAUGGAGUGGAAGUGUUGCCACGGUUACUCAGGUGAAGACUGCAGUCACAGUUCCCAUGGUGACUCACAGGUCAGCAGUGGCAGACCCUCGACAACACAGACUGGAUCCAGGAAUGAACAGGAAGUUGGAGGAGGAAGAGGUGACAGCGACAAGAUCAGACAACUUGAGGAGAAGAUCCAAAGUCUGACCAGGGAUCUCCAAGAUGUGAAGUCCAGCUUACAUGGAGUGAACCAGCGGCUACAGGAGGAGUCUCGCCACAGAGACGACCAUGGUGGACACAACCCCUCAGAUGCUGCCCCACCAAAGAUGAAGGAGACCAUCAACAGCAUCCAGACCAAGCUGGAUAUGCUGGACAACAUGACCCAAAUGCACGACAGGACACUCAACAACAUCAGCAACCACCUGGGCAGCACCAGCGAGGACCGUGGAGGUCACUACGGCACGCUGAAGGAGGAGGUCCUACGGGAGCUGGAACUUCGCGUUGCACUGUCCUGUUCGACGUGCCAGAGCGGGGUGGAGAACGUGCUGCAGCAGCAGCGGGAGGAUCGGGAACGCAUCCGGGCCCUGGAGAAGCACGUGAGCGUCAUGGAGCAGCACCACAAGCAGACGCUGGAGGUGCUGCAUGGGAAGCUGUCGCACUUGCGGAGCUGCUGCGAUUCUGCGGUGGACCUGGAGAGGCGGGUCGGCGCCGUGGAGAGGAAGGCGAGCUCCACCGCGGAGGCGCACGACAUCCUCCAAGGCCGGCUCGAGAAGGAGCUGAAGGGAUUGAGUGGAAACGGAGGCCGGGGUAAAGCGCCGGAGGAGAGGCUAAACGGCCGGCUCAGGGACCUGGAGCGCCGGCUGAACGGAACCGUGAGGAAGGCCGAGCAGAAAUGCGCUCACACCGAGAGCAGCAUGAAGGAGCUGCUGCACAGGGAGAUCGGCCAGAUCCGCAACUCUGUCCUCACUCAUGACCACAGCAUCAGAAUGACCAACAUACAGCUGGACAUCACGGAACUGAAGGGUUCCGUCUAUGACCACAGGGAUCGAAUAACCCAGCUGGAGAACACGAUGUCCGUGCUGGGCGACAAGCUGAAGGCAGCGGCGGGUUUGUGUGCAGAGACGUGCGCUGCGCAGGAGAAGGGAAAUCGAACCGAGGACAUGGUGAAGACCCUGGAGUGGAAAGUCGUUGCCAAUAAGGAAGACAUCCGGAGGUUCGACACCAGGCUGAAGGAUCUCUCCGUGUCUGGUGACUCCUUGAUUGGUCACGUUUCUGACCUCAGCCAAGAUGUUCAGAAGCUCCAGCGUCUGAUGGGGGAGAAUGGUGAGAACUUCAACAUGAUUGUCACCGAGGUGGAGACAUUGGGGAAAGACCGCAACGAUUGUAGUUCUGCUAUCGGUUCCCUAGGUGACGAGCUCCGUGGCUUCAGAAAUGCCACCAGCGAUGUCCUCAAGAGAUGGCACGGUGAAAUCACCAAUUUGUGGAACAAAGUGGACUCUGAUGAAAGCAUGUGCUCACAGGUGUGUUCGAACCUGCAGGAGGAAGUGGGUAAGCUCAAAGAGGAAGUGGAGGUUUGCCAGGGGCAGUGCAAGAUCAGUAUGAGCCAACAGAAUUCUCUAACUGGCACACUAAACAAGGAGCUCCAGUCUAUCCAAGGUGAGCUCUUGGGAGUCAAGCUGAACAUCGGCGUCCUCAACGACACGUUGAAGGGGCUUGGUCACACCGUUCACAGACACGGCAACACUCUAAUCAAUUUGGGAAAUUCUAAGGACAGGAUCUUCUCGGAGAUCGACAAAAUCCAGGAGAACCUGACCGAGUACAUUGAGGACAGCCAGGGACGCUUCAAUCAAGUUGGCCGGGAGAUAGAGAACUUCAGCAGUAACAUGCUGGUCGAGCUGGGCGAGUGCAGGCGUGCUGGAGAGGGUCUGGAGAAGAGGCUUCUGAAGCUGGAGGAAGUAUGUGAGAGACUGGACUCACUCUCACAGAACCUGCAGCAGAUCAGGGAUGGUCUGAGCAGACAUGUGUCUGGGCUCUGGACCUGCGUUAACGGGCUCAACACCUCUGUCGUCUCUCACGGAGUGGCCAUUGACAGCAUCCAGAAUGUUCAUCUGGAGAACAUCCAGGACAAGCUCACCAACCUCAACUCCUCGCUGCUACACAUGCACAACAAAUUCCAGACCUUUACUGAACAAGACUUUACUGGACCUCCUGGACCACAAGGAGAGAAUGGCAACCCUGGCAUGCCUGGUCCGCAGGGUCCCCCUGGCAGAGAAGGCCCACAAGGCAUCCCAGGAAAGCAGGGAUUGGUGGGCCCACCAGGCCUCAGAGGUGAAGAGGGCCCACCAGGAGACAAGGAAAACAUCCCAAGACUGGCCUUUUCAGCUGCACUCACUCGACCGCAGGUCAAUGCAGGCACCAUCGUCUUCAACAACGUCUUCGUCAAUGAAGGAGAGGCAUAUAAUCAGCACACAGGCAUCUUCACAGCUCCAGUGGAAGGACACUAUUACUUCAGUGCCGUCCUGACUGGCCACAAGAACGUGAAGGUCGAGGCGGUGCUGUCCAAGUCGAACUACGGCAUCGCUCGCGGCGACUCGGCUGGCUACCAGCCCGAGGGCCUGGAGAAGCCCAUAGCAGAGACCAGACACACGCCAGGCUCCCUGGUUGUCUUCAGCGUCAUUCUCCUCCUGCAGGAGGGCGAGAGCGUCUGCAUCGACCUGGUGACGGGUAAACUGGCUGACUCGGUCGAACCCCUGACCAUCUUUAAUGGGAUGCUACUCUAAGGUGAUGAUGCGCAUCUCGUAUUUUAAGGAUGAACUACUACAACGGACUGAACAGAACUGUAGUACUAAACAUGGACGCUUUUAGCUGAAGGUACAGAAAUAAAUGAUCACUGUUGAGUGGCAAGUCAGAUACGCAUUAUGUGUAUUAUAUGUUAUAUUCAGGGUUGGCAUCAUUAAUACCGCCCAUGAUGUUUUUGGCCACAGAAGAGUCUAUCUCUAGCAGAACAAUGAGAAAGUUUUGACAUUAAAGUGGUUGUUUAUAGUUCUUUUUUAAAGUAACAUUUAUCACUGUAUUGGGGGAAAAGUUGUAAUGGUUCUUUUUUUUCCACACAAGAAGGUUGUAUUAUCUUAGUCACCGUGUUGAGUUAAUGUUGUUUUGUACAUGAGUGCAACUGCUUUUACUUUUGCCUUGCAACAAGCCCUCCAGACCUGAGAGCAAAUUUCUAAAAUAUGAGUGAGGUCUCGCCAAAAUCCCCAACCAUGCUGACUUUGAACCGCAAAGUGGGAGGAUAAGUGAGACAAAGAGGUAGUCAGAGAGAGAGAGAGAGAGAGAGAGAGAGAGAGAGAGAGAGAGAGAGAGAGAGAGAGAGAGA